AUGGAAAUAGAUACCAAUCCGGACGACUCGAAGAUCUCGACCGCAGAUCAACUGGCCUACUGGAACCAGAUCUCGGCCGACGAGGACGGCAUGCUCGGUGGGUACCCACAAGUAUCGAGGAUCGACAUUCAAUUCUCGAGGACGUUUCUGGGCAAACUACGAAGACUGUACCCUCCCGCGACAAAGACGACGACGACGACUACAACAUACCCGUUCACGAGAUGUCUCGAGACAGGAGCCGGCAUAGGUCGCGUGACACUCAACCUUUUGUCCACGAUCUGCGAACGGAUCGACAUCAUCGAACCAAUCGAGAAAUUCACAAAUGUCCUCACAGUAUCCGACUCGCCGCUCGUCAAGUCGGGUCAGUUGCGACGAGUGUACAAUGUUCCCUUGCAAGACUGGACCGUCGAGACCAGCCCUUCGUGGCAAGCGUCGAAUGAUACAUCACCACCACCACCAACAACAACAACAACCGCAACCGACGACACAACAAUCACCCCCACCCCCACCAAAAACAAAGCCGACCGACCACAUAAAUAUGACCUGAUAUGGAAUCAAUGGUGCCUCAGUCACCUUUCCUUUGAUGCGUUAGUGAGGUACUUUGCCAGUUUGAUCCCCCUCCUCGCCGCCGAUGGCUGGAUCAUCGCCAAAGAGAACCUGUCGACGAACGCCUUCGGGACGGACACCUAUUACGAAGAGGACAGCACGGUCACGCGGAGUGAUCAGAAUUGGCGUGCGGCUUUUGAAAAGGCCGGCUUGAAGAUUGUAAAAACUCAAUUGCAGACGGGAUUCCCAAAAGAUUUGGGUCUGUUGCCGGUGAGGAUUUAUGCCAUGAGGCCGAAGUAG